ACUCUUCUCCUCACAUUUUGCAAGUAUUCAACUUGAAAAAACUUUUAAUCCAAAAUGAAAUGCAUUUUGCUAUUAGCCCUUGCCGCAGCAGCAGUUGCAGCAGAUGUCAGUGACUUGCAACCGUCGUACCUUCAACAACAAUAUCAUACAACGGAACCUAUCCCCAUAGUACGCCAGGAACAGAUAAUCAAUCCGGAUGGAUCAUACAAAUGGAAUUAUGAAACUGGCAACGGUAUUUCUGCCGAGGAGUCUGGGUACAUAAAGAAUCUCGGUAUCCCUGAACAAGAGACCCAAUCCGUUCAAGGACAGUACAAGUAUACGGCACCUGAUGGUCAGAUCAUAGAACUGCAGUACGUAGCUGAUGAAAACGGUUUCCAGCCACAAGGAGCUCAUCUCCCAACUCCUCCUUCGAUUCCUGUGGAUAUUCAAAAAGCUUUAGACUAUCUCGCAACCUUGCCCCCUCAAAACCAAGAACCUGUCAAAAACAGACCAUUCUGAGUUAUUAUAACUUAAAAUUUCAUCAUAUUGAGGCUCUAUAAAGGUUGUCAUUUUAUAAAAUAUAUUUAGACUUAAAUUAUGUAUUGUUAAGUAUUUUAAA